GGCGUUAAACACAUGCAAACAGAUUCGCUUACGCCAAUUCAAGCACUUGAGAAUGUACUGAUUCAUGGCAAUCGUCAAGGGUUCCGGGAAAAGGCUCAAUCUUGAGGAAACCAUGUCAACGAAAUGCGGCCAGACGAUGACGAGGAAGACUUUGCGGUUCCAAAUGCCCUCCCGAAGCUGAUGCCUGGUGAUGAUAUCCCUGAUAGCAUUGCGCAGGCCAGUGAACAGCCGUACUUCAUUCCAGACAAGGUGCCAGAAACGACGUCUGACAAGUGGGGGCAUCACAUUUUGUGGCAUAUGGACCUAUUCGAGCCAUGCAUUAUACAGGGGAAGUGGAUGAUGGCAGUCCAUCUAACAAAAGGAUGGAAAGUCAGAGCCAGACUGGAUGAAGCCUCGUGGCUGAAAUUGGCGAAGAGCGAAAUCGUAUUUCGUGUUAGGAAAGAAAAUGACGGAGCGGACGAAGCAGCUAUUGAGGAAAAGGCUCGAUUGCUAUUCGAAUGUCUUCACUCCAAAAACCGACUGGAAUAUAAACACGGAUUCUCUGACUUGGAGUCAAGUCGGUCAUACAAGAGCAUCAACUGGAAGAUCGAUCUUCCCCAAGCUGGCCAUGGCGUUGAGACAAUCCGGUUGGGAUGCUCACAGAUUGGGGGGGAGUCGAACACGCAGUUUGCAACGAGUGUUGGGGAAGCGAUGAGUCAGACAGCCAGCAAGAUAAUGGAGGCGACCGAGGUUCCACGGAAUGUCGACAAAGUGGCAUCGAACGUUACAUCGUACGGACCUCCUCUAAUAACGCAGGCGGGAAACGAGUGUGCAUCGCAGAUGGCGAGCCCCACUCCUUCCGGGAGUGGGGCUAUUGCAAAUGAAAUGCAACAAGGUGGGUAUGCACAACGUGCAAGUGAGGUGCAAAAUGAUUUCGAUGAGAUGAUGAAACUGCUAGAUGAGACAGAGAAGGAGGAGACGAGGAAGGUCGAGGGACCAACCACGUCGAAGUCGGUGAUUAAUUGCAUUUCGUUGAGUGAUGAAGGGAUAGACGGAGUUGUGGAGGGGCGUGAUGACAAUGACGAUGCAAGGGCAAAAGUCGAUGAACAGCGGCAAGGGGAUGACGAAGGACGACCUGCAAGACGGUCGACAAGAGAAGUAAAGAAAAAACAUCCAAUUAAUGUGCUGCCUCUGGUGCUGCUCGUCGUUGUGCUGCUAGUCAUCGUUGUCAUUUUGAACGUCUGUUUUGUCGGGCGUGGUCGUCGUCGAAGAUUGACGCCGCGAUCGUCGAAGAAGGCAUCGACGAAGAUGAACAACGUCCACAAGAAGACGGCGGCUUCCAGGGCGGGGGGGGUGUCGUCAACAAUGCGUCUGUCGUGUGCGGAAGGAGGCAGGCGGCCAUACGACCCCGCGAUCGGAAAUGAAGACGGUGCGAACGACCAUGAUGAAGAAGACGAGGACGGCGAAAUGGACAUCCGUCUAGUCGGGAUGAAACGGGGAGUGCGGUCUGCCCCAAAGAAGUGUAGUGAAGCGCGCGCACGGAGGAAGGGAAAGAAGGGUGCAGAAGACACGUCGGCAGGCGAGGGAAGUAAGAGCAGAGAGUUUUGGUCGGUCGAGCAUAUGAUCGCUCUCGUCCGAGCUAAAUGUGACCAGGACGUGCAUCUCGCGGGCCUUGGACACAACUACGGGCGGAUGAAAUCACGAACGUGGAAGUGGGAUGACGUGGGGAAGAGGCUAGUGAAGGCCGGGGUGACAACCAGGAUGGCCGACGACUGCGGGAAGAAAUGGGACAACCUCUAUCAGCAGUUCAAAUGCGUUCAUAAAUUCAUGGGUUUGUCCGGGAAAGAGAAUUUCUUCACUUUAACGCCUGCGCAAUGGAGGGAGAAAGACUUCGACUUCCGAAUGGAUGAGCGUGUGUACUGGGAGAUGGAGGCCAUGACAAAGGCAGAUCACACCGUCCAUCCAGCCAACCUGGUGGACACGGGAGCGGCGGGGGGUGUCCAGAUGUGCGGUUCUGCGGCUGGACGGCAAGAGUCGGUGCCUAGCGAGGGGGAUCUGGCUGCUCCUUCGCAGUUUUUGCAAGGGGGAGCAUCGGCGCCGGUGAGGAGAAGCACUGCUGACGUGGCACUGCUGACGUGGCACUGUGAUGUCGCACUGCUGACAUGGCACUGUGACGUGGCACUGCUGACGUGGCACUGUGAAAAACCGGGGAUGCAGGCAAAGGGUUUGGUGGGAGGGAAAACGCAGAUUGACAGUCUGAAGAUAGAGCUGGUGAAUCUUCGUUCGAAAUGCCGGCAGCUGGAGAAUGAGACCAAUCUAUCACAGAUGUCCGAUCGGGAGGGGAAUGCGGUGAUCCAGAGCGCGGAUGAUGUUCAAAACAUCUAUUUCCCCAGUAACAAAGUUCACUUGGAGAUGGUGGGACUGGGUUUGGAGGAAAAUGGGGUUGGAGGUCCCCUGGCCUUGGUCCUGGCAAGCGACUCUUGCCGGGCAGUGGCCACCCCCAUUGGAACUGAUGGCCCUUGGGGAGAACAUGUUCAGGGUGGGAAGACGGGCGGUGCUGUGGGCACUAUGGUGGCAAAGAUGCCUCGUUGCAAUCGAGAAGGUGCGGAUAUCCAGGGGAGCCAGACGAAAGCCGCACAACACUUCACGAUCAAGAACAAUUGCCCCAAAAUCUCCGUGGAGCAGAUGGCGGAGAUAUGGAACAAGACAAAGUACGCGUUCGAUCCAAGCCAUGCACGRAAGAUCRUGGACUUUCUGAAGUCUYGUGGGUUGCGAGACAAKARAUGURKAUCGGGGAGGGAGYCGGCGGGGAAUGAGGAGUUUGAGGACAGCGAGGAGGAGAGGAGGGCGGUCGAGGGUGGAGAUGAUGAUGGUGAGAGUGAUGCAGAGGACAUGGAGGUGCGGCGAGAGGUGGAGCGCGCCUGGGGAAAGCUGAGGAAGGAGAAGGCCGUUGACGAGGACAACACCCCUGACGAGGACGCCGCCGCCGACGACGACGAUGAGGGAGCAUACCUUGGGGCCUCUCUGGAUGGGGGGUUAAUGGGCGAUGGUCGUCGUGGCCAAGAGGGGGCAGCUAGGGCGAUGAAGGAGGCUGCGGGAUCGAAGAAGAGAAAGAGGAAGGCGAAGAUGACUACCACUGAGGCGAGAUCAACACCUUCUGAGCCCAAAAAGAGCAGAGUUCUUCGACAGACGUCCAUGCUGGAGACCUUCGAUCCAGUGUGGCAACGAGAAUUCUCGGACUCCGUCCUGCAGUGGUGGUACGUGAGCGGCAUCCCAUUCAAGGCGGUGAGGAGGCCAGAGUAUCAUAGGAUGAGGAAGAAGUUGCUCGAGUGUACGCCGUAUGCACAUCCGGCAUUACCCACGCACCGUGUCAUUUCGUGCGAAGGCAUCCCUCAGCAGCAGCGAGUUGUGGCGGACAUGGUGGCGGCCAUCCGCAGGGACAUUGAGGCGACGGGAGCGACCAUCCUCACGGAUGGUCGCAAGUCCAUCACGAGCGACCAGAUAGUCAACUUCCUUGCUGCUGGUCCCAUGGGCGCGGAGCUUGUGUACCCUGUGCAGACGAGGUUUGCCACCCACUACUUGAUGCUGGAGAGGCUGUUGGAUCGUCGCAGAGCGUUGGAGGCGUUGAUGAUGAGCGACGAUUGGUUGCGGACUGCAUGGAGGAGGUCCAUUUUUCUGCAGGCCAGAUGGGUGCGUCAUCAGGUGCGGUACGCGCCAUUCUGGGAGCACGUGGAGGACAUCGUGGCGCUCAUGAUGCCUGUGAUGAAGUUGCUACGGUGUCUGGACAAGGACGAGCUCCACAUCGUUGUUCAGGCUUGUCAGGUGCGGGUCGCUCAUUUGUUGGAGCCCGCACAUUGCAUGGCCCACCUCCUCAAUCCGCGGCAGAGGAGCAUUACUUUUUUUGGAGUGGCGAGGCGUACCGACCACGAGCGGAUACUGGCAGAUGAGUUGUUGCGAUACCUUCGCCACCAGACUGGUGGUGACGAGGAUUUGUAUCAGACGUUGCGCACGGAGCUGGUGGAGUUUCAUUCUCGGGAGGGCGAUUGGACGUAUGGAGGGGCCGAGGGAGACAGGGAUGCGGCCGCCUGCAAAGGGGAGAAGGAGACGUCACAGGACGCGAUGGAGGCCGAGCCGUGGUCCGAUCUGGACGACCUGGCCGUGGAGUCAGAGCCAGGAGGUUCUGAUGACGAUGACGAUGACACUCCUCGCGUCCAGAUUUCGCAUCCUCGCACACGUGCGUCCACGGCGGCCGCUGCACCGUCUCCCGCAGCACGCCCUCCUUCGAGUGCUCCCGACGUCUCACAUCCAGGCCCGGCGGACCGUGUCGAGAGCAGUACGCCACACCCUUCGACCGAUCGUCACGGACAGGGAGGGACUCGCGAGCGUGUCGACGAGGGAGAUGACGGCCAUGGCGACGAUAGGGAGGGAUAUGAGGGCAGUAGUGAGGAUGAGGAUGAUCCCUGUUGUUCCCCGACACGCGGACAUGGUGACGACGAUGACGAGGAGGGCGACGACGGUGGACGGGCUGUGGGUGGUUUGUGGAAGUCCGAGAGACAGCGUGGCGACCGAUGCAGUGGUGCAGGCAGGGGAGGCAGCGGGCCGGGUGUUUGGGGUGAAGGGCGCACAGGUGGUGCACGGCGUGCUGGCACAGGAAAAGUAAGGCGAGAGUCUGCAUCGUCCACUCGCACUGUGCAUUGGGUUAAUGAGGAGAGGCCCGCUGAGGCAGCUGUGGUUGCUCCCUCCCCUAUGGAGGUUGCUCCCUCCCCUGCAGAGUUCGCUGCAGCGUCUGGGGAGGUUGCUCCCUGCGCUGCAGAGUUCGCUGCGGCGUCUGCAGAGGGCGCAGCGGCGUCUGCGAAGGGUCCAGGGGGGUUUGCGGUUGGUAGUGGCGAUGCUGGAGAGGUUGGGAGGCCAUCUGCACAGGUGGGUGUCAAUUUCAGUGACAAUAUUUUUGAUGUUUCGUUAGGGCAUCCUCCGACACCGGCAGGGGAGCGUGUCGGUCUCGAUGUGGACGCAGCGGCCACGCCCGUCAGUCAGAUACUUCAUGACAUACCUUCAUGCAACAUAGGCGACAUCAGUAGUAGCAUAUUGCAGGAGGCAGCAGAGGGGGCACCGGGUCGGUCGGGGCAGCACGAGCGUGCAGCUGGGGAUGAUGGGGAGUAUCGACCUGUGCAGGAGCAAGCGAUAGAGUUAGAGCAGGACAGGAUCGACCGCGAGGAGAGGAGGAGGGCGCAGGGGUUGGCUAGCCGCUGCGAGAUGACGCAGAGUGUUGCAUCGAGGGCAAGUGUAGCGCGGAUGCUCGAGAUGGGCAUUGAGGCAGGUGAUGCAGAGGGCGAGUGCGGCGUUGUGGGCAUAGGGGAUGCGGGCGAGAGACCUGUCCCGUCAGUGCCAUCGUCCACCACAGGUGUCAGCACACCCGCAUAUGUGGAGGGCACAGUCACGGAAGAGGUGGUACGGGGCCCCUCACCGACACCUGCCGGGGAGUCUCCUUCUCCUCAGUCACGGAAGAAGAAGAUGAGAGCAGGGAAAAGUCUUAGUACCGUGAGGAGAGUGAUGCCGACAAUGCGGGCGAGUCAGCCUGGGUUAGACGGUUUACAUCCGCGGACACGGGCGAUUUUGAGCGGGGACGUUGUCGCAGACGCAGCAGGAUGGCAGGAGAGGGUCUCUGACCGAGCGACGAAUCAGCCCAUGAGCGCACCUGCGGAGGCGACGUUGCCACAUACUGCAGGGCGUACAGCGGGCACCGGCGACCACACCGAGCACAGUGCGCCCCCCGGGAGGAGCAUGGCUGCACGUAUAUUGCGGGAGGAUGUGAGGGCAGCGACCGUCACAGGCGCCAAUCAUUUGGGAGUUUGGCACAGACGAUUUGGAGAUGCCUUAUGGCCAGCGGAGGAGGGUUUCCGUUGGCAGCAAGAAGGGGGGGAGAUCGAUGGGGGAGCAAUCUCGAUGGACCAGUGGUUGGAAGAUAGGAUUCAGGAGUUGUUAGACAUCUUGUGGGAACUGGAGGAGGGGCCGGAUCCCCGGCUCGAUGUUUACAUCGACUGGAGGCGGGCGGAUGACAGGUUGGCUGCUUGUCGAACCCUCUUCACAUUGGGGCGAGAUCUAUGCAAUCAGUUGGAGUAUCCGUAUGGAUUGCCGGCAAGUGAAGAUGAUUAUGGCGAAAACAUAAAUAACAGCAACAACAUCAACUACUGCAACAUCAAGGAUGGGGAUGAUGUCAACAACAACAAUGAUGGGGGGGGCGAUGUCCAAGGCUGCACCAUGAUGGGAGUGAUACUUCAGGUGGACGCGGAAGAUCAUGGAGACGUCAACAACAACAACAACAACAAAAACGAUGGUGCGCAGGGAUUGGGAUUGGGCGAAAUGGGCGAAGGCAGUGGGAAGGAUGACAGCAACAUUAACAACGAUGGUGUGAACAACAACGACGACAACGACAACAACAACGACGGUGACGAGGGCGGGGGCGAUGUCCACGGCAGCAGCAUGAAGGGUGUGAUGCUGGAGAUGGACAUGGAUGAUAAAGGUGGUGACAACAACAAUAACAACAACAACAACAACAAUAACAUCAUCAACAACAACAACAACAACAAUAACAUCAACAACAACAACAACAACAACAACAACAACGCUGAUGAUGGGGGAGGUGACAUUCACGACUGCCGCAUGAGGGAAGUGAUACAGCAGAUGGAUGCGGGUGAUACAAGGCUCCAGGAACAGGAAGACUCCAUCAAGAAGCUAGAGAAUGCGGAGCUCGAGGCGCGCAGCGAGUGCGAACGGGUGGCUAAAAUCCUAGAUGAGCUGCGUGACGCACACCAUCAACUAAAGCAGCAACAUCGACGACAUGGCGUUCUGAGCCGACUGGUUGAGCGGACUGCAUACCCGCUCCGUCCGAUGAAUGGGAACAAAGGCUCCUUGGCAGCAAUUGAGCUUUUGCAUCGUCUGCAGAGGCAGGUUCCACACACACCACACGUGGAGUCAUUAAUCAAACAAGUCAUACGGCAUUUGGAUCAUCUGGAGCAGGAAAGGCUGACAGCAGUCAUGCGCGAGGAACGACUUAUUGGUUUGUUAUCGCAAGAUUCACAAGGACAGUAAGGAACAAAGUUUCACUUUGUGAGCGAAGUCAAGGUGAAAGCUGGCAGCUGACAGAGUGAAAGUUUUCGGCUAACAAAGUGAAACUUUGUUC